GAUCGCCGGCCGGCCAUGGGGUCCAAGGAUCACGACCUGCCCGCCUCGUCCGGCGCCGCCGGCGGAGGCGGAGGCUUCUUCCAGUCCAUCACCAAGGGCAUGCGCAGCUUGGGCCUCGCCGUCACCAACUCGGUCAACGGGAUGGUCGGCUACGAAGGUCUUGAAGUUAUUAACCCGGAUGGAGGCACAGAAGAUGCGGAAGCAGAGGCGAUGAAGGGGCGAUGGAAGCAGGAGGAUCGCGAUGGUUACUGGAAGAUGAUGAACAAAUACAUAGGAUCAGAUGUUACGUCACUUGUUACACUUCCAGUAAUUAUCUUCGAGCCGAUGACGAUGCUUCAGAAAAUAGCAGAGAUUAUGGAAUAUUGUGAACUUUUAGACAAAGCAGAUGAAUGUGAGGAUCCAUACAUGCGUAUGGUAUAUGCUUCUACAUGGGCUGUAUCAGUCUACUUCGCGCUCCAGCGCACGUGGAAGCCUUUCAAUCCCAUCCUUGGAGAGACAUAUGAGAUGGUUAACCACCGGGGUGUCACAUUUAUUGCUGAGCAGGUAAGCCACCAUCCUCCAAUGGGUGUAGCUCAUGGUGAGAACGAACAUUUUACUUAUGACAUUACAUCAAAGUUGAAGACAAAAUUCUUGGGAAACUCAGUCGAAGUGUAUCCAAUUGGAAGGACUAGAGUGACACUUAAAAAAUCUGGUGUGGUGUUGGAGUUGAUACCACCGCUGACAAAGGUCAACAACUUGAUAUUUGGGCGCACAUGGGUAGACUCUCCUGGAGAGUUGGUCAUGAACAAUCUGACAACUGGCGACAAAGCUGUGCUCUACUUCCAGCCAUGUGGCUGGUUUGGGGCUGGCCGAUAUGAGGUGGAUGGGUAUGUAUAUAGUGCAGCUGAAGAACCAAAAAUGAUGGUAACAGGAAAAUGGAACAAGUCGUUGAGUUACCAGCCAUGUGAUCAAGAAGGUGAUCCUCUGCCAGGAACUGAACUAAAAGAGGUGUGGAAAGUCGCUCCUACUCCAGCGAAUGACAAGCACCAGUAUACAUACUUUGCGCACAAGCUAAAUAGCUUUGAUACAGCGCCCAAGAAGCUAUUGCCUUCGGACUCUAGAUUAAGGCCUGACAGAUAUGCCCUUGAGAAGGGCGACAUGUCUAAAUCUGGUGCAGAAAAGAGCAGGCUUGAAGAGCAGCAAAGAGCUGAAAAAAGAACCCGGGAAUCCAAGGGAGAGCAGUUCACCCCGAAAUGGUUCAACAGGACCGACGAUAUCUCCCCUACUCCGUGGGGUGACCUGGAGGUGUACGAAUACAAUGGCAAAUACGCCGAGCACCGGGCCGCCAUCGACAGCUCGAGUGUGGCAGAGGAGACAGACCAGAGCUCCAUUGAGUUCAACCCGUGGCAGUAUGGCGACUCUUCCCAAUGAUUCCAGAGGGUUUGAGGCUACCAUCUCAUUUCAUCACCUGAAACGCUUCCAGGCCUCUUGCACUCUGCUGUGAUAUCCAUAUAUCUUGGCGGUUUCCGUGCCUUGUAGUAUUAUUAUGAUGAUGACCUUCCUCCCUUUCCUCUUCAUGCUAUUGUUGCACAGUUCAGGAUGUGAUUUGUGUAUUUGAUGUAAGCCCGUAUACUGUGAUCGUAUAUCUAGAAGAGGUUGGAAGUUUUCUUU